AUGGAGAAAAAGAUAGUAGUGAAAUAUAAAGAGUGUCUCAAGAACCAUGCAGCUGCAAUUGGUGGCAAUGCAACUGAUGGAUGUGGUGAGUUCAUGGCUAGUGGAGAUAAUGACACACUUGAAGCUCUUAUGUGUUGUGCUUGUGAUUGCCACAGAAACUUCCACAGAAAAGAAAUAGAGUCUGAUUCUCAACAUUAUGCUCUUUCAUUGAUUCCUGAUCAUAACAUUAAUGCACCCUUCUUGCCUCAUUUAUCUCCGAUCAAAAGUGAAUCGAAUAGUCCUUCUGAUCAGUCUUACUAUGAGAAAGAUUGUAUAAAGGAGGUGGAAUAUCGAGCCGAAAAGAUGAUAAAGAAGAGGUCUAGAACCAAGUUUACUAAAGAACAGAAGGAGAAGAUGUUGUGUUUUGCAGAAAAAGCUGAAUGGAGGAUACAGAAGCUAGAAGAAUCUGUGGUGCAGAUGUUUUGUCAAGAGAUUGGAAUCAAGAGAAGAAUACUCAAAGUGUGGAUGCACAAUAACAAGAACACUUUUGCUAAGAGAAAUGUUUCUAGUAUUAUUUAA